AUGAGCAGACCUAACACUCGAAACAAAAACAAAAGACAAAGACCAUCAGAUGCUCUUGAUUCUUCUCAAAUUCUCCGGAAAAUUCACGAGGCAAAUGAUGUAACUGAUGAUGACAUUAAUCAACUUUUCAUGAUAUGGAAGCCCGUUUGUCAAGGUUGUCGUGUCAACACCCGUGACAAUCCAAACUGCUUCUGUGGCCUGGUUCCACCAGUCAAUGGAAGCCGGAAAUCUGGUUUGUGGCAGAAAACGUCUGAAUUCAUUCAGGCUCUUGGUCCAGAUCUGUCUUUGGAUCGUCGUGCUUCUGACUCUACACCGGCCGGUUUGACCAAUUUGGGUGCUACUUGCUAUGCCAACAGUAUACUUCAGUGUCUCUACAUGAAUACUGCUUUCCGGGAAGGAGUUUUUUCUGUUGAGGUUGAUGUCUUGAAACAGUAUCCAGUCUUGGAUCAGAUUGCUCGGCUUUUUGCACAGCUGCAUGCUAGCAAAAAGUCUUUUGUUGAUUCAGAUGCUUUUGUCAAGACGCUGGAGUUGGAUAAUGGGGUUCAACAGGAUACCCAUGAGUUCUUGACAUUGCUUCUGUCCUUGCUUGAGCGUUGCUUACGCCAUUCUGGAGUUUACAAAGCUAAAACAAUUGUGCAAGAUCUCUUCCGUGGUAGUGUCUCGCAUGUGACCACGGAGUCUGAAGCUUCUUCAAAGGUGGAAGAUUUUUAUGCCCUUGAGUUGAAUAUCAAAGGCCUCAAAACUUUGGAUGCUAGUUUGAACGAUUACCUUAGCGUGGAGCAGCUCAAUGGGGAUAAUCAAUAUUUUUGUGGAAGUUGCAAUGCUAGAGUAGAUGCCACACGCUGCAUUAAGCUGCGCACACUACCUCCUGUUAUCACGUUUCAGCUCAAACGAUGUGUUUUCCUUCCAAAGACCACAGCAAAGAAGAAAAUUACUUCCUCUUUUUCCUUUCCUCAAGUGCUGGAUAUGGGAACCAGAUUGGCAGAGUCUUCUCAAAACGAGCUGACAUACGAUCUCUCUGCUGUGUUAAUCCACAAAGGAAGCGCUGUGAACAGUGGACAUUAUGUUGCUCACAUAAAAGAUGAAAAGACUGGCUUGUGGUGGGAAUUUGAUGAUGAGCAUGUGUCAGAACUGGGUAAACGGCCAUUCAAUGAAGGUUCUUCCUCAACUACACAAUCCGAGAGUAAUGGUACGACGAGUGGUGGGAAUACCACAGAUGUGAUUCAAUCAGGCUCUUCAGACUGUAGGUCUGCUAUUAAGUCAGAGGUUUUCUCAUCCAGUGAUGCUUAUAUGCUGAUGUAUAGUCUUAGAUGCGGUAAACAGGAAAAUCAGGAAAGGCAUAGAGAAAAUCCUAUCGACAUAACUAAAGGAGAAGUUGAUAGUGUUCAACAGCUUGAAGGUGGUUAUCUUCCGCUACAUCUUGAUGAAUGGAUCGAUAAGAUGAAUGCAUUAUUCCUUGAGAGUUGCAAGCAAUUUGAUUCAUUAAAGGAAAGAGAAUUGAGUGCUUUGACUGAAAGGAGGCAAGAAGUACGGACAAUACUUUCAGAAGCAGCGGUUCAGUCACUUGAAGAACAAUAUUUUUGGAUCUCCACAGAUUGGCUUCGUCUGUGGGCGGAUACCAUUUUGCCUCCCGCUUUGGACAACACCCCUUUACUCUGCUCCCAUGGGAAAGUUCUUGCCUCAAAGGUUAAUUGCAUGAAGCGAAUAUCUGAGCUAGCAUGGGCCAAGUUAGAAUCAAAGUUCAAUGGUGGACCAAAGUUAGGGAAAGGGGACUAUUGCAGGGACUGCCUUAUGGAUGGUGCCCGCAUGGUUGUCUCUUCUGACAGCUAUAGGGAUCGAAGAACAUUAAUGAAAAGCAUUGCAAGUGAUGUUCUUUCGGGAAAGUGUGAGGACGGAAUGUAUUAUAUCUCUAAAGUAUGGUUGCAGCAAUGGAUGAAAAGGAAAACCCUUGAUGCUCCCAAUGAAGCAGAUGUGGGGCCCACAAAUGCAAUUACGUGCAGUCAUGGAGAGCUGAUGCCAGAGCAAGCGCCAGGGGCCAAAAGAAUUCUAGUUCCAGAGAAUCUCUGGUCAUUCCUUGUUGAAGAUGCUCUAAAAGUGAUGCCAGAAGAUACUUCGGGUUGUCCUUGUUUCCCUUUGGACUCCAGCCAAUGUUGUCAUUGCACAGAGGAACUUUCUGAGGUUGCAUGCAUCGAGGAUUCACUAAGAACAUUUAAGGUCAAGCAGCGUCAAAAUCACGAGAAGUUAGCCACAGGAAAGGGUAUACCAUUAACGCCACAAAGCCGAUAUUUCUUGUUGCCUUCUCCGUGGCUAGUGCAGUGGAGAAGCUAUAUUAACAUGACUGGGAAAAAUAGUUCUUCAGCACCAGAGCCUGAACGUCUCGAUGGAGUCAUUAAUUCUGUCAAAUGCAAGAAGCACACACGACUCCUUGAAAGGCUCCCUGAACUUGUCUGCAGACGUGGCUCAUUUUUUCAGAAAAAUCCAUCUACAGACAAGCUGACAAUCAUCCCUGAGCAUGAUUGGAAAUAUUUCUGUGAGGAAUGGGGAGGGAUCAUGGAAAAUGGUGUAUCAGCUCUUAUUGAGGUUGGUAACAAUACAGAGCAAAGUUCAUCCCCAGACGUCAUUGAUCUUGAGAAGCAUUCUUCUCCUGAUGAUAAUAUGGACGUCGAUGCUCAACAGCUUAUUCUCAGGACAUCCCCAGAGAUUUGUGAGGAAUGCAUAGGGGAGAGAGAAAGCUGUGAGUUGAUGCAGAAACUUACUUACUCCGAGGGAGAUGUAUUUGUCUGUCUUGUGCGUGGAAAGGAAGCUCCAAAAGCAAUGUUAGAGGCAUCUGACUCCAGCUUUGAGGUGGAUCGGCGUACCUCAAAGCGAUCUCGGAGAACAAAUUAUGGAAACCUGACAAGUCUGAAAGUGUCUGCGACAACGACCGUGUACCAAUUAAAGAUGAUGAUAUGGGAAUUACUUGGGGUGAUGAAGGAAAACCAGGAACUUCACAAAGGCACAAAAGUGAUUGAUCAGGAAUCUGCAACCCUUGCAGACAUGAACAUAUUCCCUGGCGACAAGCUUUGGGUGAGAGAUACCGAGAUGCAUGAACACCGUGAUAUUGCUGAUGAGUUAUGCGGUAAGAAAACAGGGGCUCAGGAUAUCGAAGAAGGGUUUCGAGGGACGCUUUUGACUGCAGAUAUCUCUUCUGAAAUUGUAUCUUGA